AUGGAUGGGGCUAUACAUGGAUGUAGGGUGGCUAGAGGGGCACCACCGGUCUCACACUUAUUUUUUGCAGAUGACAGUCUGUUGUUUUUCAAAGCAAAUAUUGAGGAAGCAGCUGUUGUUAAGCAAUGCCUGAUUAGAUAUGAGAAAUUGUCUGGCCAAAUGGUGAACUAUAAUAAAUCAAAUAUUUGCUUUAGUAGAAAUACCCAGAUGGCGCAGAAGCAGCAAGUGGCGUGGUGUUUGGGUGUGGAACUGGCAUCCAAUUUUGGGAAAUAUCUGGGGUUUCCUUCCUUUAUAGGAAGAAAUAAAAGGGCUGUUUUUGCAUAUAUUGAGGAUAAAACCGGGCAACGAAUUGGAUCAUGGAACAAAAAGUUACUCUCACAGGCUAGGAAGGAAGUACUCUUAAAAAGUGUGGCUCAGUCUAUGCCUACAUUUUCUAUGAGUGUUUUUUUGUUACCUGAAUCAGUGUGUUUGUCUAUACAACGUACUAUGAAUAAAUAUUGGUGGGGGACAGGUGCAGAUCGUGGAAUACAUUGGAAGGCUUGGGAUAAAUUAUGCAUCCCUAAGAAAUAUGGAGGAUUAGGUUUUAAGGACCUUCGUGCUUUUAAUCUGGCCAUGCUAGGGAAACAGGCAUGGAGAUUUCUUACAGAACCUACCACUUUGGUAGCAAGGAUCUAUAAAGCUCGAUAUUAUCCAACGACUACUUUUGUUGAUGCUACUAUAGGAAAUAGUCCGAGCCACUGCUGGCGGAGUAUUAUGACCACCCAUGAUCUAGUCUGUGCCGGGGUGCGCAGAAGGAUUGGAAACGGUAGGGAUACAUUGAUAUGGGGACAUCCUUGGUUGUCUGAUGAUCCUAGUCCUUUGGUUCAAACACACAUGCCUGAAGAGUUAAGACAAGCACUAGUGAGUGGCCUCGUAGAUCAAGAUACGGGUACCUGGGAUCCACAUAUUCUCAAUGAUUUAUUUAUUCCUGAGGAUGUGAACCGAAUCUCAAGAAUACCAAUAAGCCCAGAUUAUGAUGACACUUGGUAUUGGAAGGGUCACACACAAGGAAUAUACACGGUUAAGAAUGCCUAUAGGCGUAUUAUGGGGGACUACUCUGAUGACCCAGGUGCUUUUGAUAAAUGGGUUACAUUAUGGAAAUUAAGAGUGCCACCUAAAUGGAAAACCUUUUUAUGGAGAGCUGUGUCUGGCAUACUACCCACCACUGAUAAUUUAAUUGUUAAACGAGUGGAGGUGGAUCCUAUAUGUCCCAUGUGUGGCAAUGCACAAGAAAAUAUUAUGCAUGUGCUGAUUUUAUGUGAUUAUUCUAAAAUGGUUUGGAAUAUUUCGGGAUUACCUGUUACGAAUAUUCAAACUAAUUUUUUCCAAUCAUGGUUCAUAGGCAUGAUGGACUCGUUGUUAGAGGGGCAAGUACGCCUGACAGUUGGGAUCCUCUACUACUUAUGGCUAGCAAGGAAUUUGGCGUUAUGGGAGAGAGCCUUGCCACGGCCUACGGCUACAGUGAAGAAGGCGGUGCUGACCGAGGAGGCCUUCACCAGGCUGAGACGAGUGGCGGCACAGCCGAAUGCUACGGUGAUGCCGGAAACCGAACCGUAUGGGCUCAAGUGCUAUUUCGAUGCAGGCUACAGACAACACACGGAGGAAGCAACGUACGGAGUUGUGUUACUCAAUCACGAGGGUGUUUUUAUGGCAGCCUCGGCGGGGACACUACCUGGUGCCUUUUCACCCAUUAUGGCAGAAGCCCUAGCAUGCAAGGAAGCCCUAUCGUGGCUUAAAGGGCGCGAUAUACAGAGAGUUGAUCUACUCACUGAUUGCAUGGAGUUGCGUAACAUGAUAAUAUCAAGAAGUACCGAAAUACGAUCAACUGCUAAUAUGCAUGCUCAUACACUAGCUUCGUUAGCGUUCGAUCAGGAACAUCCUAUGUACUGGGAUGUAAUCCCACCUGACUCUAUUACUAUAUCCGAUCCACUUCCAGAAACUAACGGUGACCAUCGUGAACGAAUACCAUCGUCACCACUGCCUCCCGCUCGCCGGAGCAUAGUCACCGGUAGCAUCAGCAUCAACCGGGAGCGCCGAAAGAGAGAGAUGUCACCAGAUGGAGAAGAAAAACCGCCCGGAUCCAAUGGAGGAGGAACAAUACCGCUAUCAACCACCACCGGGAACCCAGCGGCGCACCCCUCCAACGUCUUCUGA